AACUUCUCAUAGGUCAAAGGUGAAACUUGUACAUGGAGGUAAAGAAUCUUUCUUUGGAGUCCACGUCUAGCGGAAAAAUAGACGUUAAGCAGAGACAACAUCAACAACAACAACAACAAGUUGUUGACAAUGGCAGACGUUGAACAAGGACAGCAGCAACAAAACAGACUAGUUGAAUAGUUCUCAUGCCAAAUGUUAUAUCGUGGACAAGACGCAGAAAUUCCAGACCAGGUAAGUAUGGAAGUUAGAAGAUCGCCAAGAAAGAAAUCGCCCUCGCCCAUCUACAAAAUUCCCAGCGGUUCGAAUUCCAGCGACUCUAGUGAAGAAGAAGCUCACAAAAAAUCAGAUAAAGACUUCAAACCAAGUCGCUCCUUCAAACCAAGUCAUGAAGUUAGAAGAUCACCAAGAAAGAAAUCUCCCUCGCCCUCGCCCAUCUACAACAUUCCCAGCGUUUCUUCCAGCGACUCUAGCGAAGAAGAAGCUGAAGAAAAAGCGGAUAAAGACUUCAAACCAAGUCACUCCUUCAAUCCAAGUCACCCAGAAGUAAGAAGAUCACCAAGAAAGAAAUCCCCCUCGCCUGCACCAGUCUACACGAUUCCCAGCGGUUCUUCCAGCGACUCAAGCGAAGAAGAAGCUCAAGAAAAAGCAGAUAAGGACUUCAAGCCAAGUCACUCCUUCAAACCAAGUCAUGAAGUUAAAAGAUCACCAAGAAAGAAAUCUCCGUCGCCUGUGCCCAUCUACGAGAUUCCCAGCGGUUCUUCCAGCGACUCAAGCGAAGAAGAAGCUCAAGAAAAAGCAGAUAAAGACUUCAAACCAAGUCACCCAGAACCUAGCAGUAGCUGCAGCAGUGCCAGUAGUACUACCCCCAAGAAGAAGAGAAGAAGAAAAGAAAGCCUGGUGGAGGAAACCGCGAGAAGUGAGAGUGAAGACGGGUCCAGAAGUGAGACGGAGUUGCACUUGCAGUCCAACUUGUCAGGAGUACCUAGGAAAAGGAAACAUGCAAAGUCAAAGAGACCCAGUAAUUGCAAGGCCAGAUGGAGACAAGGUUUGCCUGACGUCAUCGUCCGUGAUUAUGACCACUCCAUGGUGAAGGGCUUCCUGAGACAGGUAUCUGCGCUCCAACAGAGGCACUUCAAUGUGGAAUCAUGGGAUGCUGAUGAUGACAUCAGCAGUGAUGACGAUGAUGAUGGUGGUGAUGAUGCUGAUGAUAACAGUCCACUCAGGUUGACGAUGCGGCGGGGAAGUGUGACCGAUGCGUCGGGCCAGCUCCGGCGGGGCAAGUCGCAGGACGUCCCGGGGGGAGGCGACGGGGGUGGCGGCUUCCCCCCAGAUAUGGCUCCCGAGCAACUGCCGCCGCAGUCCCCCUCCUUCCAGCACCAGCAGAGCCCCCUCCAGCAUUACAUGAUGGCUGCCAACAGCCACCCCGGGGCUGUACAGGGGAUGGGGCCGGUGUCCCCCCUGCCCCAGGGGCAGACGACACGCCCCUCUCCCGUGGGUCACAUGCAGGUGCCCAUGAACACGAUGGGGUUGCCCAUGACGACGCUCAGCAUGCCCAUGAGCCGCCCGACAACUUCGCCCUCGUUCCAGAGCCCCGCCACGUCGCCCCUGGUUACGCGGAGGUUCGACCCCGCGGGCUCGCCGGGCUUCCUUCCCGCGUCAAGCCCAUCUCCCACAGGCCUGCCUCCGCAACAGCAACAGCCGUCCCCGUCCAUGGCUAGUCCGAUGCACCUACAACGCGGGAACCCACAGAUGACAACAGCUCAGAUGAUGGGGCCUAUGGGCAUGCCGCUAAGCCCAACGCGUGGGUUUCCAUUGGAGCAAGGCAUGCAGCAGGGAAUGCACUCGCCGAUGCGACAACUGAGCGUUAGCCCCUCGGGAAGCGGGCACUUCAUGUUCCAGGAGUUCAGAAAGACUUAUUCUGAGCAGGAGAUGCAGCGGGUGGCCAUGGGUUACCCCCCGCAGCAGCAGACGGGUGGUACGAUCCACCACCACGGACAGAGCCCCACGAGGGGUAACAUACCGCCGCUCGCGAGCCCGACCGGUUUGGGACACGGUCUGCCCGGUAUGGGCAUGCGCCAGAUGGGGCAAGUCGAACAGCGGAGACCCUCGUACAGCCCGACCAGAGCGUCGUACGAUAUGAACAGAACAAGUCCGAUCGCUAGCGGCUACGUUAUGAACCCCGGGGUCAGCCAGACUAGUCCGAUUCGAACUACCACCAGCCCUCACACUAGCCCCAUCCCUGUCAAAAAGCAGUCCCUGAGAAGGCUGGAGGAAAAACCGCCGCAAACUCCAGAAGCGGCGCACUACCGGAAACUAUUGGUGGAACACCACAGCAAGGAACUGAAUCAGAUCAAGGAGUUACACAACGAGAGACUGACAGAACUUUUCUUCCUUCAAAACGGCCAGAUCAUGAUGGACUACCUGGCCUUUAAGAAGCGAUGUACGCCGAGUCUACUUAAGUUCCUCAAGCAGCACAACUUGGACGAUGAUGAGGAAGAAGAACCAAAAGAGCAGAGAAUCAACGACGAGGUUAAAGUAAUGACAACGAGCGGCAGUAACAUCCCGGUGUGCACGCCCGUGGCCAUCUCCACCCAACUGCCGCCAGAAGUCACCGCUAUCUCACAGCUCAGUCAGCAGCAGCAGCAACAACAACAGCAGGCUCAGUCGCACGUGGAGCUACACGCAGGCAUGCCGGUGGCUACCAACGCUAACAACAUGGAGAUCGAGGCCUUUAGGAGGCAGCAGGUCCAGGCUUCUGCGGAGCCCAGCAGACCGCCGGGCGGCCGGCACGGGAUGGUGUUCCACCCACAGAACCAGGCGCUACAGCAGCAGCUCAUGAGCUCAAUGCAAGGUGGUCUUGUCACAGCCCAACAGCAGCAGCCCACCCCUUUCACCACCCAGCAGCAGCCCCCUCCAUACCCUUCCCCCUUCGGUCCUGCCGUGCCUAACACAACCCCCAUGCACAGUCCUCCCCCCCAGCCCCUGCCCACCCACCCCCCUCUGCAACACCAGCUCAGCCAGCCCCAGCCCUCCACACUCCCACAGGCUGUACCACAGACUCCACCAGGCAUGGUACAGAGAACCAUGUCAGAGCCACAACCACCAACGUUCCAGACUCCCCAGCAGCCCAAGGACUUACCCAAGCCUCUAAAUGUCUCCACGAUGACUCCAGCGUCUGUCACCUCCACCAUCGUCUCCAAGAACACCAAGUCCCCUCUGUCCCCGACGUCCAGCCAGAGACUGCAGACCCGCCACCAGCAUUCCAUCUCACACGUGUACGACACCACCAUAGGCUCACAGGAGGAGAUCGUGGAAAGGGCCAAACAGGAAGCAGCAGUGCAGCAGAGAGUAGCGGAGCUGCGUAAGGAGGGUCUGUGGUCCCAGCGACGACUGCCCAAGGUCCAGGAGCCGCCACGCCCCAAGGCUCACUGGGACUACCUGCUGGAGGAGAUGCAGUGGCUCGCCACUGACUUCGCGCAGGAGAGGAAGUGGAAAAUGGCAGCUGCGAAAAAGCUCGCCAGAGCGGUUGUCCGAUUCCACCAGGAGAGGAAAGCCAAGGAAGUUCGAGCGGAGAAGGAGGAGGCACUACGUCUGAGGAGAAUAGCCUCCAACAUGGCCAAGGAGAUCAAGGCCUUCUGGGCUAACAUUGAAAAAGUUGUGCAAUAUAAGCAGCAUUCACGUCUGGAGGAGCAGCGUAAGAAAGCGUUGGAUCUCCAGCUGAACUUCAUCGUGGACCAGACAGAGAAAUACUCCUCCUGGCUGACUCAGGGGCUGAAGGAAGACUCGUCCUUACAGGGUUCAGCAGCCUCUAGUCCUGGCAGGGACACAGCACUGGGGGAGGAUGAUGAGUUUGAGCCUGAUGAUGAGAGUGAUGAUGAGGAGACUCUGGACCAGGAAGAGGAGGCAGAUGAGCAGGAGGAUGUAGAUGAAGAGGUUGCGCUCCUGCAGCAGGAGAGUGAAGUCCCGCUGGAGGAUCUCAUCUCCAAACUCCCGCCUGAGAUCCUGGAGAAACCUGCCGAGGCCAUGGAGGUGGACGGCAACUCCAGCAGCGAGGAGGAGGAAGAAGACUCGACCAGAGAAACAGCUGAUGAUGAUGAGUUCAUGCCUUCUGAAGCCUCUGAGGAGGAAGGAGCUGUUGAUGAUGAGGAGACCAUAGAAGAACAAGAAGAGGCUGAGGGGGAGGCAGAUCACGCUGAGGAACUGGACGAUCUUCAGAAAGAAGGUGAGAUGUCCAUGGAAGAACUUAUCAAGAAAUACGGCGGUGCUUACGAAGAAGGGUUCGAGCCCCCUCCCAGUCCACCGGAGUCCAGUCUGGCAGACGAGGAAUAUGAGGAUGAGGAAACUGAAGAAUCUGAAACAGAGGAGCCUAGUGAUGAAGAGGAGGAAGAAAUGGCUGACAUCGGGAUGGAAUAUCUCAUCCACGGAGACAAGGAGAACCACCAGCCUCAGGAGGGAUCCUCGACACAACAAGAAGGCAAAGGCCCCAGCAAAGAGAUCACGGACAUUGCAGCUGAUGCCGCGGCCUGCCAGCCCACAGGGUACACGCUAAGUACAACACAGGUGAAGACUCCUGUGCCGUUCUUACUGAAGCACACCCUGCGUGAGUACCAGCACAUCGGGCUGGACUGGCUGGUCACCAUGUACGACAAGAAGCUCAAUGGCAUACUGGCUGAUGAGAUGGGCCUGGGGAAAACUAUCCAGACUAUUGCUCUGUUCGGACAUCUCGCCUGUGAUAAAGGUAUCUGGGGUCCCCAUCUCAUCGUGGUUCCCACCAGCGUCAUGCUGAACUGGGAGAUGGAGUUCAAAAAGUGGUGCCCUGCCUUCAAAAUCCUCACCUACUACGGAAACCAGAAGGAGCGCAAGCAGAAACGCCAGGGCUGGACCAAACCCAACUCCUUCCACGUGUGCAUCACCUCCUACAAGCUUGUCAUCCAGGACCACCAGUCUUUUAGACGGAAGAAGUGGAAGUACCUUGUCCUAGACGAGGCUCAGAACAUCAAGAACUUCAAGUCUCAGCGCUGGCAGACUCUGCUGAACUUCCAGAGCCAGCGUCGCCUGCUGUUAACCGGAACACCGCUGCAGAACAACCUGAUGGAGCUGUGGUCGCUGAUGCACUUCCUGAUGCCCCACGUGUUCCAGUCCCACCGGGAGUUCAGGGAGUGGUUCUCCAACCCUGUCACUGGCAUGAUCGAGGGGAACACGGAGUACAACGAGGGACUCAUUCGCAGACUACACAAGGUGCUAAGACCGUUCCUCCUGAGGAGACUAAAACAAGAUGUGGAAAAGCAGCUGCCCAACAAGUACGAACAUGUGGUGACCUGCCGCCUGUCCAAGAGACAAAGGUUCCUCUACGAUGACUUCAUGUCACAAGCCAAAACCAGGGAGACCCUUGCCUCUGGGCACUUCAUGAGUGUGAUCAACAUCCUGAUGCAGCUCAGGAAGGUGUGCAACCACCCCGACCUGUUCGACCCUCGUCCCAUCAUCUCUCCCUUCAACACAGAAGGCAUCUGUUACUACACAGCCUCUCUGGUCCACAGGGUAAUGGAGUAUCACCCACUCCAGCAUGUAAACCUAGGUUACCUGAACCUGUGCCUGUCAGACUUGGAACUGAGUCUCCCUGCCUAUGCUGCUCACCGCGUUAACCAGCUACAAGCCUCCCGACAGCUCAUCGAGGAGAUAGACUCCCAGCCAGACCCCCCUCCCCGCCUACCCCCCAUGAAACUCAGACCCAGCCUGUUUCAGCCUCCCGCGCCCAAGGCAGAGAGUGGAAGGUCCUCACCCCUGGCCCCAGCGGCGGCCCAGUCAAGUCCGCGGGCGUCUCCGGUGGUGUUCUCUGUCGCAGUCAUGCCACCGAGGGUAAAAUCACCUGCUGUAGCGGUGGCAGCGUCACCGGCUAGGGCUUCUCCACCUGUCCAAGUUGUGCAAGCGGCACAGCAGGUUGCUGUCGGCACGGCUGUUCCCGCUGUCACCACAGCUGCCCCGGUACAGCCCAAGGUUGCUGCGUCCCUCACACCAGCGACAGCUGUCACCAUCGUGUCACAGAUGCAGCAGCAACAACAGCAGCAGGUAAAGCAGGGUGUGGCCCAGAUGGUUACCUCGACGACACCGGCUGCUGUGAUCACCACACAGCCACAACAGCUGCCCGGGUUCACUAUUCCAACAUCACUACUGCAGCAGAGACUCAUCUUACAGGGAACACAGAGACUUCCUACAGGUGAGGUAGUGUCGAUUGCCCAGCUGACGCCGGCGACGACCACGGUAGGCGGGGUGAGACAGCCCCUGGUGCCGUCUCAACCAAUCACGGUCCAGAUCCACCAGACUCAGCAGGGCGCGCGACUCACCGUACCCACCGGACAGAUCAGACAGCUGCCGGGAGGGUUUGUACAGAUAAUCCAGACGACCACAGGACACCAGAUCCUGAGGACAGCCAGUCCCAACAUCGUAACCGCUGUCCCACAGUCUCAGGCACAGCUGCUAUCCAGAACUUCUUCACCUGCUACCCAAGGCACAGGUUUAGUAACCCAGACUGUGACAGUACAGAGAGUACCAACUCCACACACACAGAUCGCACAGCAGCCACAAGCUCUCAUAGUACAACAGGCCCAGCAACAACAACCACAGGUCAUCACACUGACCACUGCACACCCGAGACAAGCCCAGACUCCACCCCAACAAGUCAGCAAACCGGCUGUAACCGUCCAACUACCCAAGACUGUCACUGUUACCAGCACGGCUAAACCGAUCGUCAAGAUGGCUCCGCUUACGUCCACGGGAAAUAUCGUGCUAGUCAGUGGCGCGAGCGUUAGCGGGACCAGCGGUGUUUCGACAGCUGGGUUAACAACCACACCUAAAGUGAUCCGUUAUCUUACAGUGUCGGGAGCCCCGGCGGGAGCCGUUCCCGCGCCCGUUGCCACGCCGACCACCGCGCCCGUUGCCAGGACGACGGUCACCACGGUUUCCGCUACCACGGCAACGGUCACGACGACGGUCAGCACUGCGCCGACGGUUUCCACGUCUGUGGUGAAGACCACGGCCACGUCUUCGGUGCAGAAGAAACCAGCAGAGAAGUCACCAUUCCAUCUGGAGUACCUAGAGAAACAAGAGGAAAAGGAACACAAAGAAACCCUGUUGAGAAUAGCAGAAGCCAACCGUUUCCGCUGCUCUGCCAAACCUGUCUACGGCUCGGACCUGGUCAGCAAAGUCUCAGACAUUUUCGACCUGCGGUCGUCCAAGUAUUCCUCCAACACGUGGAGAAGUGUGGGGCUGGUGAACUGUCAUAACAUGUACAGCACACGGAACUACAGCCACCCCGCGGUGUACUGGAGCUCCACUGACGCACUACGGACACUUCUCCCCACCCCGGAACAGAGACUAGAGGAACUCGGCGAACUCAUUGAUAGGUAUGUGUUUGAGGUGCCUCGUGUGUCGGCCCCUCCCAUCACUAUGCACACGUCCCACCCCCCUCCCUCCCUGGUGCAGAGGAGACAGGUUCUGGACUUGGCCCUUCGUCAGGAGGUGGUGCCCCGCCUGCGCUGUUACCACCGUGUGGAGAGGGGCAUGCUCACCCAGUUCCCGGACCCUCGACUUGUGCAGUAUGAUUGUGGAAAGCUUCAGAGACUAGACAAGCUGCUUCGCCAGCUGAAGCAGGGCCAGCAUCGGGUGCUGAUCUUCACCCAGAUGACCCGCAUGCUGGACGUGUUGGAGCGCUUCCUCAACUAUCACGGCCACAUCUACCUCAGGCUGGACGGGACCACCAGGAUAGAGCAGAGACAGGCUCUGAUGGAGAGGUUCAAUGCGGACUAUCGUAUCUUCGUGUUCAUCCUGUCGACGCGGAGCGGUGGGAUCGGGGUUAACCUGACCGGCGCAGACACAGUUAUCUUCUACGACAGUGACUGGAACCCCACCAUGGACGCUCAGGCACAGGACAGGUGUCACAGGAUCGGGCAGACACGAGACGUCAACAUCUACAGACUGGUGAGUGAGAGAACAGUGGAAGAAAACAUCCUGAAGAAGGCAAACCAGAAAAGACUUCUUGUCGACGUCUCCAUCGAAGGGGGCAACUUCACCACUGCUUUCUUCAAAGAGACCAGCCUGAAGGAGCUGUUUGAUAUGAACCCAGAGGAAGAGAGGGCACAGCUCCAGGCCAGAAGACUCCAGGAGACCUCACCCAGUCCCGUCCCUCCCAAGGACCCCAAGAUGUCACAGGCCAUGCUGGAACAGGCGCUGGCAAAAGCAGAGGACGACACGGACGUCCAGGCGGCCAAGCUGGCGAGCGCGGAGGCAGCGGCGGAACUGGCGGAGUUUAACGAGACGAUUCCGCUGGACGAAGACGGGGAGAACAGCCGGCCAUCGCAGCAGGAGGAGGUGUCCAAGGUGGAGGAGGAACUCGCACAGCUCGACGAUCAGCUGUCUCCUAUUGAGAAGUAUGCUGUGAUGUUCCUGGAGAGAUCCCUGGCUCCGUUCUCCACAGAACAGCUCAAAGUGGCUGCAGAACAGGUGGAGGCUGCGAAGAAGGACUGGGAGCUGGGCCGUCUGCAGGCCCUGAAGGAGGAGGAAGAGAGACGAGCGGAGAUGGAGGACGACGAGGUCCUCUUCACCUACUCACAAGACGACGCCAAAAACCAGGUGCAUAAGUCAGGCAAGAAGCGCAAACUCGCCAGCGCAAGGGACUCCCCUGACAGCAGGGGGAGCGGCAGCAACCUUAAGAAAAAGCUCCACCCUAACGCAGCGAGCAAGUCGGUUAAAAACAACACCGUCCACAAGAGUAGUAGUACUAGGGAUCAUCGCGUGAAAAACGCCGCCGCUACAGCGGUGGCGAAAACAACUUCAACGCCUAACCAAGAGAAACCAAAAUUGCCUCCUUUGGCUGUUGACGGUGUUUACCUCUGUGACAUCACCAAGGAGAAGAUGCCGCUGUGGUCGCCGCCCACCCCACCCCAGGAUGAGAAUGACGUGUACAUGGACCCUUCACACAACUUCCUGUACCACCCAGCCACCAUAUCCGAGUCCCAGCUGCCUCCCAUCUACGUCAAGAAGGACCACAAGAGGGUCAGGCUAGACCCACAUGCAGCUCGGAAGCACAAGGUUCGUCGUGGCGAACACCAGCCCCCGCCGCGCUCGCUGUUCGACCGCCCGACGGCCGCUCUGCUGAAGAUGCGUCGCGAGGCCAAACAACAGAAACUGAAGGGUCUGAUCCGCCCCAUGAAGCCUGUUCCUGUCGUGAACAGACCCAUGAUCGACACUAACCAGGACCAUCCGGAGUGGCUUAUCAACGAAGACUGGGCACUGCUCACGGCUGUUCAGCAGAUGCUGGAACUCCCCCUGAACCUGAUGGUGGUAUCUCCCGCCCACACCCCUAACUGGGAGCUGGUGAGUGACGUGGUGAACAGUGUCAGCCGCUCCUACCGCUCACCCAAACAGUGCAAGAACCGCUACGAGAGCGUCAUAGUGCCACGGGAGGAGGGCAAGAUCUUGUAUGACACCAACCCAAGCAAGAAACAAAAGAAGUCCAAAGGCAUCUACAGGACGAAGAACAACCGGCCGAUGAGAACGAGCCAGCUGCACGCGAAUGACAACAACGCGGAACACUCGCGUGUCUUCUCCGAGAAGUUUGAUCUGAUGAAACUCAUGUCCACCAAACGCUCGCCCACUCUCAAGCAAGUGCUGGUGAACCCAUUCCAGAAGAACCCAAAACAUGCCUCCGUCUUGCAGGAAAGUGGCAUCAACUACGACAAGCCGCUGCCUCCGGUGCAAGUGGCUCAGAUGAGGGCAGAGCGUAUCGCUCGGGAAAAGAGACAACAGCAGCAGCAGCAACAGCAACAACAACAGCAACAACAACAACAACAAGCCCAGGCUGCCGCCACUGCGGAACAGCAGCGACAGCAGCUGGUGGCUGUUGCCCAGCAACAACAGAGGACUGUCACCGUCGCACAGCCAGUUGCCACGGCAACUACAGCAACUGUCAUGCAGUCCGGCCAGGUGAAUAAGAUCGCUGUGGGCACCACGAGUCUGACGGCUGUAACCAUGGCAAAGGGCAGUACAACCAGCCUAGUGGUGAACCCUGCAGGGGGUCUGAACGCCAACACCUUCGCUUCCAUCAACAAACGCAUGAGCCUCAGUCAGCAGGGAGUCGCCACUCCUGGCACCAUCACAACAAUCUCCACCCCGGUGCGUACCACCACCCGUCCGGCCACCACAACGGAGGUAGCAGCCGUGCUGGCCAGCCAGGGCCGAGUGACCGUGGCCACCACUGCGCUGACCAACAUCACCACGCUGACCAGCGUCCAGGCACAACCUGUCACUGUGGCAGCCACUGUCGUGUCAGCAGGUACAGGACAGCAGGUUGUUGGCACCACGACGGUCCCGAAGGCCAACCUGACGCCGCAGCAGAUCGCCUACCUGCAGCAGAGACAGCUGCAGCUGCGCGCGCAGCAACAGGCGCAGCAGGUGCAGGGGGCGGGGCAGACGCUCAGCCAGGCGCAGCUCAAGCAGGUGCAACAGAGACUGCAGCAACAGCAGAUCAAGCGACUGCAGCAGCAGCAGCAAGCUGCCCAGCAGGCGGGUCUGAAGACCAGCGGCGGCGCUGUCCAGACAGGCGUGGUGCAGGCACAGGUACAGCAGACUGCACAGCAAAGGGUUCAGGCCCAGAAGCAGGUGGUGAAACCCGUGACUCGCACCAUGUCAGAGAUGGAGGUUCAGGCUCUCAUCAAGAGGCAACAGCUUCAGCAGAAACAGGCUCAAGCACAGGCACAGAGUCAGGCUGCUGUACAGGGAGUGCAGGCUACCCCCGUUGCCCAGCUAGCCUUCACCAAAGCGUCAGUGCCUGUGUCGUCCCUGCCUGUGACAGGAGCCGGGGUGACGGUCAGCACAGUUAACGUGGGGGGAGUCAGUGUCAGCCUCACACAGCCAACCAGGGCGCAGCAGGCGAAGGGUACUUUGCAGCAGCAGCCGACGCAGACACAGAUCCGCAGUCUCCAGCUGCAGCAGCAGCUUCUGGCAAAACACAGGCAGCAGCAGCAACAACAGCAGCAGAAGGUCGCAUUUGCUGCAGCAGCACAGGUCCAGGCUCAGGCCCAAGCUCAGGCCCAACAACAGCAGGUCCAGGCUAAACUGAUGAGUGCUCAGCUGGCACAGCAGCAGAAACAACAGCAGGCAGCACAACAGCACCAGCAAGUCAGCGUGAAGGUCCAGCCUGCAGCCACAGUGACUGCAGUCGCCCAGCAGCUCGGUUCUCCCACCACUCUGCAGCUGGCCUCUCCACCGCAGCAGUCACCUCAGCAGCCGCAGCAACUGCAGCAGACUGUCACUCUCACACAGGCCAUACCUACACAGGUCCAGGUGAGUCGAGCAGGUACAGUCCAGGGCCUGGUGACUCCUGCCCACCCCGGUCUGCAGCAGCCUGGCACGGUCUCACCCCAGGACUCAGCACAGCAGCAACCUGGCUCUGCACAGCAGGGGGCUGCAGGCAACAAGUCAUCACCCUACACCAUGAGGCUUAGGAACCCUCCUAAACACUGAGAGCAUCUGUGUGGUCUCAGAACAACUGUGUGCCCCUCUCCCCAAAAAAAGUUUAGGGUAUAUAGUUUCCUGUACACAAUAGUGCAAAUGAAUCCUUUCAAAUACCAAAAGCAGCAAGGUCUCACCUUACACCAUGACGCUUAAUUAUGAACCCUCCCAAACAUUGAUCACUACUGUGUGCCCCCCUCCCCCGAAAACUGAACUGAACUGUGUGCCCCCACUACAAGGCUCGCCAAACUGCACAGAACUGUACCCCCCCCAAAACUGACCUGAACUGUGCGUACCCCUCACCUGCAAAUAGUCCCCAUUGUACACUAUACCUGUAGUGUGAAGAAACCUACUGAAAAUAUUAGCAGAACCCUCUAAACAUUGAAAACAACUGUCCUUAGAAUUAGAUACACUAGACAACAUUUUCUUGAAGCUUCUAGAGCACUGUCGCUUGUACGAACAAAGCUAAAAAAAAAACCUCAAAGUUGUCAACCUUCAUAACACAUUAUUAAACAAUCAAGGUCAACUGCGUGAUCAUUUCAUCAUGUUUUCUGUGCUGAACAAAAAUCUAGUCAUACCCUUCAAAAAGGAACAAUGCCAUAUACUUAGGCCACAGCAACUUACUUACAUUGUACUCUAACUUGUGAUCUGUCUUUGAAUCAAACUCUUCAAAGACUCUUGCUUUGUACCCUCAUAUGGUCUGUAUGUUAUUGUGUUCAUUUGUGGUGCUACUGCUGUAUAUUGCGUCUACUAGUUUUGAAAGUAUCUACCAAAAAGUAUUUUCAAUUGUCUGAUAUAGGAGAGAAUUUGUGAUGAGUGUAUGAUAGUAUUGACACAUGUACAGAGUUUUUCAGAGCUAGUGGACGUGCCGUUAUGUUGACUAAACAAAAGCAGAAUCUACCAUCAUAGUAAAGAAGAGCUAUAAUAGCUGUAGUGAAUAUAAGAUUCUGAGAAAAAAAACAUAAGAAUAGAUUGUGUAUCUUCAGUUUGUUGUUUGUUGAAAAGUCAGUGCUUGUAAAUAAACCUAGAAUUUGUUUUGUUGUGCAGCUGUUAAGAUUGUUCCAGACCUACCAUGUAUACACUUAUAUUAAUAUUAGUACUUUCAGGCGUUUUUGUCCAUGUUAAAAACACCUUUAAGUCAACUUCUGUAAAAAAAAAUAAUGGCACUUGAGGACUCGAUCUGUGUAAAUUCUUCCACCUCAAGAAGUCAUAAGCUCAUUUCUUCUCAGUCCUUGUAAAUAUCUUAAGAUUACAUCUAAGAUACUGGAGCUUAAGGCUCUACCUAAGUUAGAGUCUCUCUAGUGUUAAGUAAAGAAUGAGGUAUGGUGUGGGAGUUCUGAGUUUCCCGUUUAACUGUGUAAAUACAUGUACCCGUGUGUAUCUUUUUGUUGGAUGGAAUAAAUAUGACCUCAUUA